UGUGUUUAUGUUCAUGAGAACGGACACUUCCUUCCGCUUAACAACACGUGAAAAUGGGAACGUUCAAUGUCAAGUUUUCAUCAACCUUCAAAUGAUGGAAUUGUGGUAAACGCACACCCCUUCAACCGUAUUUCAUGCGCCAAAUGGGGAUAUGACAUUUCUUUCAGAUAUAACAGACAUUAUGGAGCCAUUACCCUUGACAGAGGAGGGGAAACCCAAAGAUAGAAGCAUCUACAGGCUGAAGCAUAUUGAGGAUGUUCCUGAAGGCGCGGUGCGGAUGACCACAGAGGAAGUCCUCAUGCAUCACAUGAAGGUGAUCAGGAACUGGGACAAACCACUAGAAGUAUGGCCACUGCGACAUGGUACGGCAUUAGCUAGCGCCACAGCAGCAGUUGGAGGCUGGAUCAUCAACGCCCACUACAGACAGAAGUUCCGGCUGCAGAACUAUGGCAGAAUGGCCAGCUACCUUCCCGCGGUCUGCCUUCCUGCCAUGAUGACAGCGUUCUUUCAUCAGUUUUACGUUCAAAACAAUAUUCUUGUCGGCAAGUACGACUGCACUGUUUGUAUGGAGACAAGAUCAGGGGCAGUUAACUCUCUGCUAGGUGGACUUUAUCCUUUGCUUCUCUCCCCUGUUUCCUGUAUCAUCCUGGCAAGGAAAUACUACACUGUCCCCGUCCCAAGGAUCACAGAGCCCACUCUCAUACUGAAUCUGAUGAGGAAGACGUCGCCAAUGGUGGGCGGGCUGUUUCUACUUGUGGCAGGACAGUUUACCUUUGGAAUGCUUUUAGCGGAGAGAGAGAUAACAAAGUUUCAAAACGUUCUGGUGAAGACGUCAGGUAGUUUACGUAACGAUGAGGAUGGUUAUGAUUAGAUGAGUGUGUGUGCGUGAUUUCAAUAAACAGGUUUUACAAAGUC